GCAGCGCGGUGCGGGGCGCGGGCCGGGGCGGAGCGAGCGGGCGCGGAGCGGAGCGGUCCGGCCCCUGCCGCCGCCCCCGCGGCGCUGCUAUUGGCGGCGGGGCCGGGCCGGGCCGGGCCGGGGGAGACCGCGGCGGCAGCGACCGGCACAGCCCGCGCCCCCCCAGCGCCCGGCGCGGCGCCGUGGCCCCGGCAUGUCGCGGAAGAAGGCGGCUCGCAGCAAGGGCGGCGGUGCCGCGCCCUCCGCCGCGCUGCCCCCCGCCGCCCAGGGGCCCGGCCGUGCUGCUGCUGCCGGCCCGCGGGGCUCCGCGACCGCCCCUGAGCUGCCCCGCAACGGCGGCGCGGCGGCCGGGCGGCCCUCGCUGAGCAGCAGCGGCGAGUUCUACGAUCUCGCCUUCAAGGUGAUGCUGGUGGGCGACUCGGGGGUCGGCAAAACCUGCUUGCUGGUGAGGUUCAAAGACGGCGCUUUCCUCGCCGGCAGCUUCAUUUCCACGGUCGGAAUCGACUUCAGGAAUAAGGUGCUGACGGUGGAUGGGGUGAAGGUGAAGCUGCAGAUCUGGGAUACGGCCGGGCAGGAGCGCUUCCGCAGCGUCACCCACGCCUACUACCGGGACGCCCACGCCCUGCUCCUGCUCUAUGAUGUCACCAACAAAGCAUCGUUUGACAACAUCCAGGCUUGGCUGACAGAGAUUCAUGAAUACGCGCAGCAGGACGUGGUCCUCAUGUUACUGGGAAACAAGGUGGAUUCGGCCCAGGACAGAGUGGUGAAAAGGGAAGAUGGAGAAAAAUUAGCCAAGGAGUACGGUGUGCCCUUUAUGGAGACCAGCGCAAAAAGUGGCCUCAAUGUUGAAUUAGCGUUCACAGCCAUUGCAAAGGAACUGAAGCACAGGUCCAUGAAGCUGCCCAACGAGCCCAAAUUCAAGCUCCACGACUACGUGAAGAAGGAAGUGAGAGGCUCGGGCUGCUGCAGGUCCUAAUGCGCUCGGUGAUUUGUACAGAGACUCAUGCCAAGUGUUUGUGCGCCGCGCUCUCUCCUCGUGGACAGUGUGUGCAUGUCUGUCUGUCGUGUCUGUAUCUGCCUGAAAGGUGAGCUGAGACGUGGGGAAUGGAAGCAGCAGCAGAAAAAGCUCUCGGCCGGGACGGACACUGGCCGUGUUGCAGCCAGGUGCUGCUCCCCGAGCCCCCGUCACAUCCAUCCGCACUGCGAGCCCUCCGGAUUCCCUCUCCGGUCGCUCCCGCUUCCCAUGCAGGUGGGAGGGGGGCAUUCAGGAAGGGACUGGGGUGGGCUGGGGUCUCGCCGUCGCUCCUUCGGCAGACCUGGCUGCCUCUACCCGUUCAGCAGCAGCCAGGAGCGUUAUGAGGCUUCUUUAAUGUUAGUAGGAAUUGUGACGUGACUAAGGGGAACGAGCGAACGCCUUCUCCCCAACAUCUGGGUAGGAAAAAGUCCUAAAUUCCCUUUCCUUUCCCCACACACCUGGAAUUCAGCUGUUCAGAGCCCUGGCCCGGGGCGCACAGGAAAGACUUGUUUUGGAGGCAACCAUUUUUGUAGUUGCUUACUUAGGUCUGUCCAUCUUUCAUGUGGUGUAACACACCUCCUCGACGAAGGCUUCUCCUCUUCCCUGCAGAAAAGAGCUUAGCUGUCUGUUUGAGUAAGCUGCUGCUAACCUAUCUGUUGUACAGGGAUUCCUGAAUGUUUAUCUGUUUGGUAAAGGCUUUGGUUCUCUUACUACUGCUGUUUCUAGUACUUUAAUUGAGAAGAAAUCUAAUGUACUGCAGCUUAUUCUAAAUACCUUCAUGUAAGUGUGAUAGCGUUUUUAGACUGCAACAAUGCUUUGAUAUCUUCAAAGUUCUCUUGGGACAACUCUUUCUGUUAACUGAAGAAAGCUGGGGGGAUGCUGUAGGCAUUGAUUUCACAGGUUUCAGACUCUUCUGCCAGCUCUCUUCAGUGGGACUCCUCACCCCUUUGGUCUGUGUCAGGCAUUUGGCUUUUUUUUUUUUUUUUAAUCUUUUUUAAAGCAGCACCUCUAAGUACAAAUUUGAAUUUGGAUGAAGCGUUCUGCCUUUGACAAUUUUCUUCUUUGAAAAUUCCACAUGCGCGACACCAGGUGCCCCCUGCACUGAACCUCCCCGCGCUGCCCUGAACGGACCAUUUUAAGUAAAAUAACCCAUCCUUCGCUCUCCAGCCGCCAGCCAGGCACCAGCGCUCUCAGCAUUCAGUUCAGACGCCGCUGCCCCUUGUUUCGCUCGGGGUGUAGCUCCAGCGCUGCAUUCCUGACAUGCACAAAGACCCUCCGCAGCCACUGUGUGUGGUUCAGGCAGACAGGGACUCCUCAGAGCUACGCUCCUCAGUAAAAUGAGCAGCUACUGCUUAAAGUGGAUCCAGCACAAUAACAGUAUGAAAAAAAAGGAUGUUAAAAUAAACCUGCUGCAAACAGAGCAUUUUUUUUUCCUAAAUAGCUUUUUAGGGAGAAACAAGUCUUUCAACUGCCUGUUUUAAAAUUUAUUUAAACUUAUUGAAAAGCCAUUCCUGCAGGAAUAUUUGCAGCGCACAGCCAGGAGCAGACCCCUGCUACGAGUACCGCAGGAGCAGGCAGGCGGCAGCAGCAAGCGGGGCUGUGGGGGAACAGCAGUCAGGGCCCCCCAUGUCCCACCUCAGCAGCAGCGCUCCCCACAGAUCCACGGGGAUGGCCAGCACUGACACAGAUGCUCCCACCAGAGCAGCAGCCAUCCAUUCCUCAGCCGAGGCUUUCUCUGAAAUAACUGGAAUGAGACUCUUCACCUUUACCUGCUCUAAAAGGUGGCAAUGUCUGCUACAAGCGCUCUCUUGUUUGCAACUAGCAACAGAACACAGGGAAGGCUCUGAAAGUGGCUUGGGCACUGUCAAGAAGUGCACAAGAAUCUGUAAAACUCGCUAUUUCACGCUGCUUUGGUGAGCUUAGCUGUGCUCCUGUGGCUGCUGCUUGUCCAGUGUCUCCUACAUGAAGCUGCUUAUCUCACAGCCACCUCCAUUCUCAUCCUGGGCUGUGUAGCACACGCUUGCUAGCAGUGAAGAAAAAAAAGGAGUGGGAUUUUUCUCUAGUCCUGAGCUUGCUAAGUACCAGUAUUUUGGUAUCCCAGCUGUGCCUUGGGCACUGUGUUUUCUCAGCCUGGCCUUGGCAGUGCAGCACCAGCCCCUGUCCUGAGGUGCCCAUCGCUGCACAGACACGCUACCCCAGAAGCUAGAGUCUCCCAGAGGCCAAAAAUAAGCAGCAGUAUUCUUAAUGCUCCCAUCAGGUUGCUGCCUUCUCUCUUCCUCGCAGGGCAGGAGAGCCUUGCAUCUUGCCAUCUUGAAGAAAAAGCCUACAACUCAACUUACUUCUUCAGUGUGGGACCAAAACCAAUUUAAAAAAUGAUUCAGAUAAGGAAUAUGUAAAUGCUACCAUUCAGAGUACUUUACACCUGUUGGGAGCUAACGACUACAGCAGAGACAUCACAACUGUGUUUAGGUCUAGUACCACAAACUCUAAGCCAGAUUCAACCCCCAUCUCUCCCAGUCACAAGUUCCCUCUAUACAACUGGUAUCCCAACGCCUGUACAUCGACCUUUCCUAAAGCUCUUCCUCAGACUGUUACUUGGCAUCUUCUUACACGGGCCUUUACUGCCACCAAGCGAUGAGGAAUUAAUUGUUCGGUGCAUUCAAACAAGCCAGAGGACUCAGCAUUACAUGCAACUUCUCAUUUUUGCCGCUUGUUUACAGCUUUUGUUUCAUUCCUGUUAAUAAAUUUUUUUAAUAAUC